AUGGAUGCCAUUGCAACUCAGAUCCACGCCCUGACCCAAACAGCUGACGCAGCUGGCCGAUUGGCUUUGCAAAAGGCUCUUCGACAGAUGCAGGCAGAGCUUCAGAGCCCGAUGGAUUUUCUCAUAAACAUUGCAAACUCAAUGCCGCUCCUCGCAUCACUCCGCCUUGGAGCAGAUUUGGGCCUCUUCCGGACUCUGGCGCAGCGCAAUGACUCGUUGUCGGUGGCUCAACUGGCCGAGUCCACUGGGGCCUCGCCUCAACUUUUGGAGCGAUUACUCCGUUACUACUCGUCCAACAACAUCAUCAAGGAGGUAGGUGUCAAUGAAUACAAGGCCACGAGUCUUAGCCACGUGCUCGCGGAUCCCAAGGGAGAGGCCACGGUCUAUGUUGGGUUUGAUACGCACGCCCCAGCAUUCCAAGCCAUGCCCGACUUCUUCGCCGACAACAAGUAUCAAGAGAUCGCCAGCACUACUCGGACACCAUUUCAGAAAGCCUUCAAGACAGACUUGGGUUGCUUUGACUGGCUCGUUCAGCAUCCGAAACAUUUUGAGCCCUUGCAAAAGGUCAUGACUGCCUUCGCAGGGUCAGAGUGGGCUGACGGAUUCGCGCUUCUCGACAACGAGGUUAAGGCUGUCCCUUUUACUCCGCCUGACCCCAAGGAGAAGCCUUUCUUCGUCGACGUCGGGGGAGGACAUGGUCACCAGUGCAUCCAGCUGGGCAAAAAGUACCCGCACCUGCUCGGGCGUCUUGUCCUUCAAGACCUGCCCGAGGCUGUCAACAAGCUCCCGGAUAUACCCGGGGUCAGAGCUGAUGCCUACAACUUUUUUGACAAACAGCCCAUCACCGGUGCCAGAUUUUACUACCUGCGCCGUAUCUUGCACGACUGGCCCGACGACGAGUGCGUCCAGAUCUUGUACAACAUUGCCAGCGCCAUGGCUGUGGACUCGCGCAUCCUCAUAGACGAAGUAGUGCUGCCAAAUAAGGAAGCCCCUUGGCAGGCCACCAUGGCUGAUUUGGCAAUGAUGGUCUCGUUUGGCGGAAAGGAGCGAACCCAGCAGCAGUGGCAGAUGCUGGCUGGGGAGGUCGGCCUGCGCAUUGAACAGAUUCAUACCUACACUGCUUCGACGUGUACAUCUGUUGUCGUCAUGGCGCUGAAAUAG